GAUCGAUCCACUCUACAAGAAGCCCUGGUCGCCUGCAUCAUUGCCAAUGAUGCCAGAGGCUUUGAGUUUCUCCUAUCCUCCGGGCUUGCGUCAUCAGUAGCCAGAUCAUAUCUUCCGACUGGAGAAUGACAAAACCGCCCAGCCGAUGGGCAGCCGUCCCCCGUUUCCCAUUGACCAAAACGAUUCGAAAAGCUUUCCCACUGGCGGCUACUAAACGUGGAAUUCGCAAACCUGAGAUCGUGAGCGAGCAACUAUGUGACGACAUCCUCACGCGCAUUUCCCCCUACCUAUUUCGAAAUCGACCCCUCGAUAUUCUCGACCUCUGGCCUGGCGCUGGACUGUGGUCGUCCAAAGUUAACGAUCUUCUCCGUCCCCGGCGUCAUGUCCUGAUCGAACCCCACCAGGGCUACCGGCCCUUGCUAGAGCCGUUGGCUCAGAGUCGCCCAGGCUACGAUUUACAGUUCAUGGAUAUCAGCGCGAUCCACGAUUGGCCGUCGCUUAUGUCGAAACACCUGCCCGAGCAGAGCGCAUCGAACCGUGACGAUUCUGGUGCGUUGGCUAGGAACGAUACUUUAUUGGUGCUGGCCAAUCCGCCCCCCAGUGCGACCAAGAAUAACCACUACACCCCGGCGCGAUGGUGGACGGCCUUUAUGGAAUCAUGCUUGCGACAGACGGGGAUACAUACCUAUGGCAGCGUACGGUUGCUCAUGACCCUUCCGCUGUUAGACGUGCAAGCAAUUCUCCCCCACAACAUAACCGACCGCAAGAGGCCCGCCAUAAUGGCGGAAGAUGUCGCACAGCAUGCCUUUGCAGUCGCUUCGUCAAAGGACACGACGAAUUACUGGACGACCUAUAAGUGGUGGGAUCAGCUGGUGGACAACGCCGCCCGCGUGGCUCGGAAGACCGCCGAAGCGAAUAUUGUGACCCCCGAGGGAAGGGAAUAUCCGCCUUUGACCCUGGCUCCGGAGAGUCCUGAUCCGGGCACCAAACCCGCCCCGUAUAUGCCCCGUGCUAAUACUGCCGGACACGAUCGGAUUAUGGAGCUGAUCAUGUUAGAGCCGAGCUUUGCCGACCCUUCUGGGCCCCAUAAACGUGCCCGGAAUGGAAGGAUUCUCCGAACCAACCAAGAGGCCACGCGGGCAUGGAUCAUGCUGAAUGAAGACAACCGACACACCUUCAUGCGCAGGCAGCUCCUGGAGCUACUGGAAAAGAUCGCAGAGCUCAAUAAAGCCUUGUCGCGGGCUGCUGCGGAUCCGAGCGCGGAUCCUAGCACUUUGCGUUCCACUCAAGAGGAGAUUGCCACCCUCCAAGCAACCUACGUCAAACAAAGCUCCGAGACCCACUACAAGGCCCUGAAGCAAUUCCCCGGUCUGUGUGAUGACUGGAGGGCGUCUAGCCCUGGUGGCAACCCAGACAAUGCGGUCCUGCUAUGGGAGCGUCGGCCAUUUGAGCCGCUGCUCAUCCAGCCCGAUGAGCUCUUUCCGCGGGAAAGCGACCGGACCAUGGUCUAUUUCGAGGCAGAUCCCAACGCCUGUGCAGCACGGAAGCUCCACGAGCUCCCUCCGGGGGACCGAGAUGCCCCUCUUGAGUGCUCCGAGGCCCUCACUCUGACUCUGGGCAGCCGCAACCACAUGACCGUGCCGGAGCUGUUGGACGUGAUCUUACCCGGGCGGCCGGUCAACGACAUCGUCCGAGCCGUUCCGUCGCUGGCAAUGUUUGCCAACAGGACUUUGAAACCGGACUUUGACACGCUACCGAAGACGGUGCACGGCAGCCCCAGUGACAUCGCGGCUGGCAAGGAACUGGACCCCGCCCUGUGUUUCCAAGAGAAUCUGGACUACGACCUGAGCGACGUGCGGGUGCGGACUUUGUCGACCGAGACGCUCUGGGAUCUCUUUGUAGAGUAUCAGAAAAGCGACCGCAAGCUUUCGCCUGUACAAUUGAAUCGACUGCUCGGUGGCACGCUGACAUCGUUCAAGUCUGGCGAAUAUCGGGAAAGUCCGACGAAAUUCCACUAACUGGAGAGUGGUCCCAGACUUAUCUUUCCACUUCUUGUAUAUCAUGACAUACCCUCGACCUAGGCUGUCCUUUAUUGGCAGUCCUGUACGAUAUUACGCAAUGACAUGGUGAAUUUAUCCACCCAGAAUAUACUCCGUAGGAGUCGAGUUGGACCCAAUAGUUGGGCCCUUAAGCCUCAGAUUUGUCCACCUCAAAUCCACCUCACAUAGGAAGACGACCCGUAUUCGGGCCCUCGGACAGGGUCAACAUCAUCCAGUGAAUAGAACCACUUCGGGGAUAUUCCUUUGGCCCCCAAAAUGCCCACGCACAGAUAAAUACCAAUCAUUCUAUAUAACAACGUCGACCCCGCUCCCAAGAAGCAAACCAUACCCCUCACAAUCCCAAAAUGGAGAACACUAACAUCUCAACGCUUCCUCUCACAACCCCAGAUCUCGCGCCCGCUGCAAUGCACGAUUUCAAUAGUUCCAAGCCGACAUCACCCAACAAGGUGGGCAGCGAUUGGAAAGCAGACGAUCAAGUUGACAGCGGGAAGACUAGCCCAAAAGACUAUUGAAAACGUCGUGCAGUAGCGGGCAAGCCACCAGCUCUGCGAAUACUCCAGUCGAGAAGGGCAAAAUCGAAGAUAAGGACCUAAUAAUCCCCCGAAAAGUUCUAAUAAUACCCCGAUGGGGUUGUAUUGCUG